AAUCACGAGAGAGUCUCCGGAAUUUUUCUCGUAUGGUUUCGUUUCAAUAAACUUGUAUUGUUGUAGGCAAUAUUAAAGCAAGAACGAGAGAGUGCCGAAAUAUUCAAUUACGCGUCAAUAAAUUGUUAAUAUUCAGUUUACAGUUUUAAAAAGUUGUCAAAUAUGCAGAGAAUUAAUCCUAGACUUAUGCAGAAUAUUUCUGCACUCAGUCGAAUGAAAAUGUCUAAUGAUAGCGGUUCUCGUGGAAGCAAGGGCAGCGCUGGUGCUAUCCGUGAUGCUGGUGGAGCUUUUGCGCAAAUGGAAGCGGCUCAUGAAAAUCAAUACUUUUAUAAUCAGCAAAAAGAACAAUUAAGAAAAUUGAAGGAAGGUCUCACCGAUGAAAUAGCUUUCCACGAGGAACAGAUUCGUCGUCAUCAAGAGGCCAUAGAACGUCAUAAGACAAGAAUGGACGAAAUGCAUAAAACUAAUGAUAAAUAAAUAAAAAUAUCUCUCUGUCUUAUAUAAUUUUUCUAAUGGUACUUGACACUGAUAUUAAGUCCGAUAUGUGGUCAAUAAAAAGAUUAGCAGGAUUAGUUAAUAAUUAGUAAGUUUCAUUUUAUAUUUAUGUAUAUCAAAUUAAUAUAUUUCAAUGAAUUAUUUUUACCUGUUUAUGGCUUCAUCGAUAAUUAUUUUCAAAUAUCAAAUCAAUUGGUUCCGAUGUAACAAUUAUUUUUUGACUUUUAACAUAUAUGUUCUAAGGAAACUAUUAUAAAUCCGCUAAACCUUUCACUCCAUGUAUGUAUACAUAAAUAGAACAUUUUUACUUUUUCAAAAAUAAGAACAAAGUUCUGGCUGAACAGUAACAGUUAUUCCGCUUUAAAAAGUUAAAGUACUUAUAUAUACCGUUUAGUAUAACAUAGGUAAGAGUACGUAAGAGUACAAUAAAAUAAUUGCUUCAAUA